AUGGCUCGUCAACAGCGCCUCGGUCGUUCUUGCGACGGCACCGGAUUUCGCCGCACCCUCCGCCGUGUGAGACGGAUACGAAGCUCCGCAGUCACCGGCCACUCUGGAUCCUCCACAAUCUCCACGGGAGACGGGGCGGAGCGGCAGACGCGGCGAGAAUGGCGGUGGAAGAAGCGGGUUAGUGGCGGUUCCGCUGACUCCAGACUUCCACUGCACGAUUCACGGAAGGUACGCGGCGGAAACGACGGAAACGGCAGAAUCAGCGGCGGAGGGGAGAGAAGCGCACAUUCAGUCAACUCUGGAUGUGAAAAUAUCGAGAGUAACGGAGGCGGCGCCUGCGGCAGUAUCGACGGGGCCGACGUGGAGCCGAGCGGUGCGUCCGACGAUCUGGGAGGUGGCCCAGCCGCGGAAUCCGAUCCUGCUGCCGACGCCCCUGCUGUAGCGGUUGUAGCGUCGGCUGUAGCGUCGGCUGUAGCGUCUCCCCUUCGCGGUCCUCCCCAAGGAGAAGCUACUUCCCCAUCCAACUUGCGCGCUACAAGUGUGCUAGCCUCCUCAUCGAGAAGGGAAGCUACAUCCGCCGUUUCUGCUACACUCGCCUCUGGCACCACAACCAACGCCAACGCUACAUCCGUCCCUCAUGCUACAUCCGUGACUGCUGCUAAAGCCACCCCUUGUGCUACAGCCGCGGCAGCAUCACAUGCUGACUUCAUCAUUCGUGCCGUGGCGCCCUCCGCUGGCGUCGCCCUCUGGGAGGCGCUCAGGCGCGCUACAGAUGCUGCCACGGCUGUAGCCUCUCUGCACACGUGGCAAGAGGAGGACUGCGCUGACGUGGACGAGGGCUGCAGCAGAGAGUUCUGGGCGGCGGUUGCGGCGGAUGAUGCAGCAGAAGAAGAUGAUUGGAUCCUGGCCGUUGAUUCUCUUGGUUUAUGGUGGCUCUUUGGGCACUCGGGCAUUAACAUCAGCGACAACGAGGCACUGACUUCAUCAGAAGAAGAUAUUUCCAACGUGAAUCUGAACAAGGAAUAUAAUUCGGAAAUUCCAGGCAAUGGUGUUGAUGACGAGGGUGUGAUUGUGACUGAAGCAGCUGGGGCUGAGCAGCUGGAGCAGCAGGAGCAGCGGGAGCAGAGGGGACAGCAGGAUGGCUGCACACCUGACAUGCAUAAGCAUGAGAGGCCCGAAGGGUGUUACUCCGUGCGUGUGUUUGUGUCCGAGUUUGAGGCCCGAGCGCCGUUCCUGCACUUUUCUCUCUCGGAACAUGCCGCCCGGGUUGCCUCCUCGCCUAAUGCGGGCGGCGCUUCUGUCAUAUCCGAGUCACUUUCCGUGGAAUAUUUUGUGCGACAUUUUGGCGCAACUGACAUUAUUUCAGAAAUGGAGAUCAAGUACUGCCACAGCAACUGGAAGAAGGUGGAUUACAUCUGCAGCUUGUUUGGGCGGCGCUUUGGAGUGUCGGUCACUCGAGCCAUGAUGUACCCCGACCCCGCUCUCUUCGAUUGCCACCGCGCCCGCGCCCUGCUCAGAAAGAAGCUGCAUGGCCUGGUGGUGGCAUGGUCAGGCAUAUCUCCCAUGCACAGCUUCUCUCGAGCUAUCCUUCACAUCUGGUGUGAGACCCCUCACAUCGCCAACCUCCUACACCAGGCCUUCCCAUCUGUGUGCAGAGAGCUUGACCUUCAAGAGGACCUUGUGGAUUUAGUGCUUCACAGAGGCCUCUCUAGUCGCCGAGCCGGCGCGAACAGCGAGUGGGGGCCGUACGCGUUGGGAGCAGUCGACGAUGGCGACGAAGACGAAGCUGUCACCAUGGUGGACGGCGACGCCGACGAAACCGUUGGCGAAAAGGGUAACAGUGGUGGGGACAAACGUCAGCGACAGCAGCAACAGCUGCUGUGGCCGCCGCAGGCGCAGCCGCAUCAGACGCUGCUUCCGCAGGUGGUGCUUCCCGCGAGCCUAGACUCAGCUGGUAUCGCGGCGGGAAACGCGGCGUUGGAUGCGGGUGGGGGUGCAUUGCAGCACGGAGUACAGACACAAAUUUCGCAGCCACAACCGUUCCAGCCGCAGCAGUUUCCGGAGCAGCAGGAGCAGCAGCAGCAGCGGGAUGUAUUCACUUUCAGGGCCGCCGAAGCGUCUCCCGCGGCGCAAUCGGCAGCCAUGGAUUGCUACUCCCCCACCAAGCUAAUCCGAACCAAAUCUCUCUCCUUUCACCCUCCUGCAACCACCUUCAAUCCACUUCCCUUCCGCGAUCUUACCCUCCCCGCCUACUCCCUCAUCUCCUCUCCGCACUCCCCCUCGCGCUCUCCCCCGCGCGGGGUUUCCCCGAGCUCCGCGGAACCCAUGUCCGCGGACGCCUUUUCCGCCGCGCCGUUCGGCUCCCCCUACCACCCUUCCCCCUCUGUCAGCGCAACCUUCCCCGCGAGCUCCCCCACGUCCCCUUUCCCCGCGCCGUCGUGCACGGGCUCGUGCUUCUUCCCCUCGGCAGGAACUCCGCCUCCGCCUCCGCCACCGCAUCCGCUCCCCCCUCCGCUUCCGCCCACGCUUCCGUUUCCGCCGCCGCGGCAGGUGGACUGCCGGCGCAUGAACCCGCCGCUGGGGCGGCUGAUUUCGCGCCUGUGCGGGUUCCAGUCGGGAAUAAUGCAGCGCCGCCAGCACGUGUUCGUGAUGCACCACGGGGAGCGCGCGGACGCCGCUGACCCCCUGUGGGCGCGCAGAGAGGGCGCGGAGCGCGCGUGGGACCCGCCGCUGUCGGAAUGGGGGAAAUACCAGGCCUAUGAGGUGGGCAUGAGGCUGAGGCAGGAGGGGUGGGGGGUGACGCGCAUAGUGUGUGCGCCGUACCUGCGCUGCGUGGAAACCGCCCUCGAACUCCUCCUCGCGCUCACCGACGCACAACCCCUUCCACCUCCCUCCUCCUCUGCCCCCACCGCUGCUUCUCCUGCUGGCGCUCCCACCACUGCUGGCUCUGCUGCUGAUACUGCUACUGCUGCUGGUGGUAGCAGUGGUGGUAGUUUUGGCGCCGGUAGCAGCAGAAUUAGCAGCAUGGUUCCAGGGGGUAGUAGCUUUCUCUCCUCCUUCUUCUCCUCGCGCUUCCGCCGCAGCAAACUCGGUGGUCGCCCUGCUAUUACUGCUAGUGCUGCUGCUGCUGCGGUUGGCAAUGCUGCGGGCAGUGCGGGCAGUGCAGGCAGUGCGGGAGGUGUGUCAAGGUCUGCAUCUGCACGCCACCAGCACCUCAUGCGACGCCGACAGCAAUCCUCCCUCGCGCCCCAACCGAGCCUGGCCCUGCCCCCGGACCGCAAGCGCAAGUUCGGCAUGUGGGACGGGGCGUUGCAGGGCGCGGGGGGCGUGGGGGGGGAGGUGCGCGUGGCAGUGCACUACGGGCUGCAUGAGGUGGUGCGGCAGGGGGAUGGGGGGGCGGGGACGAGUGCAGCAGGAGCACCAGCAGCAGCGGCAGCUGCAGUGGAGCUAUUUGCACAGUCUGGGGAGAUGAGGGGAGGAAUGGGGAUGGGCGGUGGACAGACGAGGGAGGGAGUGGGACAAGGCAUCUGGCGAGUGCAGUCAGCGGUAGGGGGACAAGGGCAGGAGCGGGGUGAGGGGCAGGAUCAUGGGCAGGAACAGAGGCAGGGACAGGGUCAGGGGCAGAAUCAGGGACCUUAUACUGUAGCUGCCAACACAAGCAGCAGUGCUGCUGCUUCUUCGCUGGCGCCUCGUGAUUGGCUGGAAGGCAUGUUCCCGCCAGGCUCAGUGGACAGGAUCUUGCCAGUUGUCGCUGGAUCAGCAACUGCUGCUGCUGACGUGGCACUGCCAGGCUGGCCUGAGGACGUGGAGGAGGCAGCGUUGCGGCUGCUGCGGUCAAUUGAUCACGUGGCAGAACAGUGGCAAGAUGAGAACAUCAUAGUCGUCAGUGACUCCGAUGCCGUACAUGCGUCCAUCCUUCGAGGCAGGAAACAUGCCACUGUUCACAACAUUUUGACAGCGGGUUAUGUGCACACACAGAGGAAUGUAUAUCGGGACCAGGAGGACGAGGAGGAGAGGGGCGUCGGACAAUGGCAGCUUGCCUCCCGCUCUGGGAGCACAGGAAUCUUCUUCAAUUAG